AUGAAUGACCAUCCCCACCCCCUUCCCAAAAGCGUCAAAGUCCGCUCCACCUGCAAUGCCUGCCAACAAGCCAAGAUCCGCUGCAGUCAUGAGAAGCCAGCCUGUCGACGGUGUCAGAAGCACAACAUCGACUGUGUCUACAGUAUAUCGCGACGCUUAGGGCGACCAGCGAAGAAGAAAGAUGCCGACGAUGAGAGCGAUUAUCGUCGAGAUCGUGAGUUUCUAGACGGGCCUAGGAAGCAAGACUCGCGAGCGCGGAAUUGUUCCAGGAACAGUCACGGCAAUAAUAACAGCAGCAGCAACAGCAGAAAGAGAAGGAUGAAGCUGGAGGAUGAGCAAGAGACAGUGUUGGAUGAUACUCUCCUGCUCUUGGACAAGGCAGGUGGGAGUCAGAGUGUCUUGGAUCCUGUUGGUGCGAUAGAUCCGGUAUCUAGUUUACCGGGUGAUUGCUUCUUGGAUGGGGCUACUCCCACGGCUCUAUUCGCGGAUAGUGGCUUCGACUUAUUCUCCGAUAGCUGGGUGCAAGAGUUCAUUGCCAACCCGCCGGUCGAUCUCGCGCCGGAAGGUUUACUCCUGGAUUCAAUUGUGAGCAGUGUCAAGCCUGAAAGUACUGGCGGUCGUACUCCAGUAGACCCGAAGCAUAUUUCGAGAGGUUUUAUUCAGGAUACACCAUUCAUCACACCCACGACCUUGGAUAAUAAUAUUGGCAUCAUGGAUGCUCCGUCGGAGGCAAAAUAUUUGAAAGAGGAUCCGCUGGCUUGGUCGUUGCCGUUCUCGGCCAUGGAUAAUUUCCCGACCAGACAGACAGCCACUGAGACAAAUGCAUUUGCUCAAGCUAAGAUGACAAAGAGGCCAUACCUGUAUGGCCUCCCUGCGGGUGAGAUGAUGCCCGUAUCAGCCGUGCUAGCACCACACGCAUAUCAAUUUCAGUGUCAUGAGUACACGAUCCAGGAAUCGUUCAGGCAGAUGUCGAUCGCGAUACGAAUGGGACCGUAUAUGUCGAUUGACCAUAUUCUUCAUUGUCAGCGUAUGCUGCUGAAUGUAUCCGACACAAUUCUCAAAUGUUGCGUCUGCUGCAUCACGAAAAAGGAUAUACUCAUGGUCGUCGUUGUUAAUAUCGACAGUCUAAUGACUAAUUUAGAGGCCAUAACGACCGGGGAGGCCGGGCAUACGCAGAGACUCCUGUACAACGGGUACCAUGAGCAUAUGCUGCCGGACUGCAAGCAAGAUGUUCCAGGAAAUAUGGCAAGACGGUAUCGGAGUGGUGGACUGCAUUUCAGGAGUCAAAUUGAUGCGUGUCCAUUGGUUGUCGGCAAGUUCUGCGUCCAGUCUGGUGACAAAUUCUUUUGUAUCCUGCAGAUCUUGUACAGCCAGUUAUCAGAUCUGUUGUCGACGGUCAAAAGAAUAAAUCUCUAUACGCAGGAGUCAUCGGCUCGCAUAUCAUUGACUAGAGAGACUGAGAGGAGAUUAGAGGAGGUCAUGCUGCAGAUGAAGAGGAUGACCAGGGUGUAG